GAAGGUUCAGGGAGGAAACAAGAUCUAGAGCUGAACAAGAACAUCACAGCAUCUUUAAUUGACUUUAAAAAGUGUAUUCUGGAGUCAUUUGUGGUCCACUGUUCCAGUGCUGCAGAGGUUCCUGAUAAUUACAUGGCAGGAGGGGUGGGUAAGCUUAAGAAUUGUGAAGACUACAAAACUAUCCAAGAUCCUUCUUUAUACCUUAGGAUCUGCACUCAGUAACAGUAGUUUCUACAUCUCUCUAAUGCUGGGAAUCUACUUCCUCCUGCUAAUUGAUCAAGCUGAGGCAUAUUUUUCUGCAGCCGAGGACAAGAAUGGGAAUAAAAGAUGAUGUCUGAUAAGGUUGACUGGUUACAAAGCCAAAAUGGAGUGUGCAAGGUAGAUGUUUAUACACCUGGAGAGGGUCAACACCAAGACUGGAAAAUGUCUGACGACUCUGCCUUUAAAGAAGUCUCAAAUGAUCCCGUUAGAGUUCUGAGCUGGCUCCGAAGAGACCUGGAAAAGUGUACAUCAGCAUUACAGGAAAUGCAGCAACAACCUACUGGAGAGGUGUCUAACCAGGGCGAGCCCUCAGGAGAGAAUCGCAGUGCGUUCACUGUAGACUAUUUCAGUUCUGGAGGCAGGAAUACCCCAGGCAAAAUGCAUCUUGAAAUGUCUCACACUGAAAACUCUUCCAGGGGUUCCAGUGCCUGGAAUAGUAGUAAUGAGAGUUCAGUCGAUGAAGUCUCCUUCUAUGCUAAUCGGCUCACCAAUCUAGUCAUUGCCAUGGCACGGAAGGAGAUCAAUGAGAAAAUCGAUGGCUCUGAAAGUAAGUGCAUCCACCAGGCGGUCUAUAUGGGUGAGGAACCACCAUCUCCCAAUCGAACCUUGAGUAAGGUAGCAACAGAACUGGUGAAUGAGACCGUCUCCUUAUGUUCCAAAGAAAAUAGCCCAGACAAGGCUCCUGGUUCUGGAGACAGAGCCACACUCUCCUCACGGAGUCCCCCAAAUCUGAAAUUCAAGAGCACAAUGAAAUUUAAAGAAACCAAAGGAAACAAGAUAGAUGACAAGCCUAAAAAGUCAUUCUUCUACAAGGAAGUAUUUGAAUCCCGCAAUGCAGGUGAUGGUGGAAGGAAAGUAUUUGGGGGGUCAAGCCGAUCCGAUGACUUUACAGCCAGUGUGAGUCAAGGAAUCAUGACCUACGCCAACAGUGUGGUGUCUGACAUGAUGGUCUCCAUCAUGAAGACCUUGAAGAUCCAGGUGAAAGACACCACCAUCGCAACCAUCUUGCUCAAGAAGGUGCUGAUGAGACACGCUAAAGAAGUAGUCUCAGACCUGAUCGACUCCUUUAUGAAGAACUUGCAUAAUGUCACAGGUACCCUCAUGACAGAUACAGACUUUGUCGCAGCCGUGAAGAGAAGCCUCUUCUCUCAUGGUAGCCAGAAGGCCACGGACAUUAUGGAUGCCAUGUUGGGCAAGUUGCACAGUGUGAUGCUGAAGAAACCUGAGCCAGUCAAAAGAACAUCAAAGGACAAGUCUGAGAGUGUCUCCUUAGUUUCUCUGAAAGGAAUAAAUGACAGCAGACAUAGAAAUAUGAACUAUUCAAUGAAAGCCGAAGCCAAAUUUAGGGAAAAAACCUUUUCUCCUUGCCCAUCUAAAGAAAAGACCUGUGCCGAAACUCUGGGUGAACAUAUAAUCAAGGAAGGGCUGAGUUUGUGGCAUAAAAAUCAUCAGAAAGAAACAAGAUCCCCAGGCCUUCAGCGUGCAACCUUUGCAGCCUCCAGCAGAUCCGUCGGCAAACCGCCCUGCAAGUUUUCACCUGAGCCCCAGCCCCAAACCACCUCCCCAGGCCCACUUAACACCAAUGCCCUCAGCUGCCAAGAAAAACCAGAAAACUUCCCAUAUAGUUCAGACUCUUGGGCCAAAGACCUGAUUGUGUCUGCUCUGCUCCUGAUUCAGUAUCACCUUGCCCAAGGAGGAAGUAUGGAUGCCCAGAGCUUCCUGGAAGCUGCUGGAACAACAACCAAGAUGAACCCACCACCUAAGUCCCAACAGAACUCUGAGCAGUCCAGUCUUGGGUCUUCUCGGAUGGGAGGCAAUCCUGAAGAGGCCGAAAAGAAGGAUCUGAUGAGUGUCUUUUUUAAUUUCAUCCGGAAUUUACUUGGUGAGACUAUUUUCAAAAGUGAUGAUAGCUUUGAAACAAAACCACCCAGUCACAACAGUAAGGAGGAAGACAGCUACCCUGAUUCAUCUCCACCAAGUGGUCCUCAAAAACAUGGUGGAGGUGGCGGCGGCGGUGGCGGUGGCGGUGGUGGUGGCGGUGGCGGUGGCGGCGGUGGAGGCGGCGGCGGAGGCGGAGGUGGAGGCGGUGGCGGUGGCAGUGGCGGUGGCGGGGCCAUUGCUGGGCUAACCAAGAUGGUGGCUAAUCAGCUGGAUGGUAAUAUGAAUGGGCAGAUGGUAGAGCAGUUGAUGGACUCAGUGAUGAAGUUGUGUCUCAUCAUUGCCAAGUCCUGUGACACUCCCUUGGGAGAUCUGGGAGAUGAGAAAUCUGGAGAUGCCAGUAGGCCGACUUCAGCCUUCCCAGAUAGCUUCUUUGAGUGCUUACCAGUCAAGGGCACUGGGACAGCUGAGGCUCUCCUACAGAAUGCCUAUCAAGCUAUUCAUAAUGAAUUGAGAGGGAUGUCGGUACAUCCCCCCGAGGGCUCCAACAGUGCCAAGGUGAUUGUCAGCAAUCACAACAUCGCUGACACCAUCCAGAACAAGCAACUCCAGGCCGUUCUCCAGUGGGUAGCCGCCUCCGAGCUCAACGUACCUAUUCUGUAUUUCGCUGGUGAUGAUGAGGGGAUCCAGGAGAAGCUCCUCCAGCUUUCUGCUGCUGCAGUGGAUAAGGGUCGAAGUGUCGGGGAGGUCCUACAAUCAGUACUCCGCUAUGAGAAAGAGCGGCAGCUGGAUGAGGCAGUGGGGAAUGUAACUCGGCUGCAGCUACUGGACUGGCUGAUGGCAAACCUGUGAGCAGUGCAGGCCCUCUGUGUCCCCUUUCCCAGCAGUGGGGCCGGAGGCUGGACAACCCCCUAAUCCCACUCCGUGUACCCUCCCCAUCUCCACCUAUUUCCCCCACCUGCCUGCCUACCCACUGUCACAGAGCCCUGACAGUCUCCAUACCACUCACGUGAAACACAUGACAUCUUAUGCUGGUCACUGAAUUUUGCAGAUUUUCCUAUCCAAACGAGCAUGGACGUAAAAUAAAAACAUUACAAUUAAAGGGC